AUGGCCGAAAGAUCGGCCUCCCGCGACUCGAACCCUCCUAUUCCCUUCGCCAGCGACGCUGAUAAGGGCAAAUCAAGCCGAGAUCUUUCACCAGUAUUUCCACUUCUCAACAACGACGAAACGGCGAAAGCUCUAUCCUCAGAUGCCGCGACGCAGAACCGUGCCGGCGAGGAUGACGUCGACGAGGAGCCCGCGGUCGCAAAGCCCUUUGUCAGAACGUCAAGUCCCGACUCUGCAGCCCGGGCAGCGGACGCGUAUGAUGAAAAGGGUCCAGAUCGCCUCGAUCGAAAGAUGCACAAGUUCAGUCUGUACGAGACAGCUACGCGGUACUACAUUGUCGGGGGAGAUGUGACAGAGAGGCGAUACCGCAUUCUUAAGAUUGAAAGAACAACAGAUGACUCGGAGCUGAGCAUUACGGACGACAAGAUCAUCUACAGCCAAAAGGAAAUGAAUCAGUUACUGGAUACCAUCGACGACGGCAACAAAGGCACGGGUGGUAUCAAACUGCGUUGCACUGCUUGGGGCCUGCUGGGCUUCAUCAAGUUCACUGGACCGUACUACAUGCUCCUAAUUACGAAGAAGAGCACAGUGGCCAUGAUCGGUGGACAUUACAUAUACCAAGUUGAUGGUACAGAGUUGGUGCCGCUGACACCGAAUCGAUUCAAGGCCGACGUUCGCAACACUGAAGAGUCCCGGUUCUUGGGUAUAUUGAAUAACCUGGAUCUUACUAGGUCAUUCUACUACAGCUAUUCGUACGACAUCACACGCACGCUGCAGCACAAUCUCACGAGGGAGCGCGAAGCGCUUGCGCGUGGAUUUCCGGGAGCCAUGAAUGACUUCAACGGCAUGUUCGUCUGGAACCAUCAUCUGCUGCAGCCAGCCAUCAAGGCACUCAAGGAUCCCUUUGACUGGUGUCAUCCCAUCAUCCACGGCUACAUUGACCAAGCUGCCUUAUCAAUAUACGGACGCACAGCAUACAUUACUAUCAUUGCUCGGCGAUCUCGUUUCUUUGCUGGUGCAAGGUUCCUCAAACGGGGGGCCAACGACCUCGGUUACGUUGCAAACGAUGUCGAGACAGAGCAAGUAGUUUCAGAAGCCUUGACAACUUCGUUCCAUGCUCCGGGUCACAGGCUCUUCUCUAGCCCGCAGUACACUUCUUAUGUUCAGCACCGGGGAAGCAUCCCCCUAUAUUGGACGCAGGAUAACACGGGCGUGACACCAAAACCACCCAUCGAGUUAAACCUCGUUGAUCCAUUCUACAGCGCCGCCGCCCUUCAUUUCGAUAACCUGUUCGAGCGCUACGGCGCUCCCAUCUACGUACUGAAUCUUGUCAAAGCAAGAGAACGGACGCCACGGGAGUCCAAACUGUUGCUGGAAUACACAAAUGCAAUCAACUACCUGAACCAGUUCCUACCAGAAGGUCGCAAGAUCAUUCACAAGGCGUGGGAUAUGAGUCGAGCGGCGAAGAGUCGCGACCAGGACGUCAUAGGUACACUGGAACGCAUUGCUGAGGACGUCGUCACCACAACCGGAUUCUUCCACGACGGCGACGGCAAGGUGUAUCCAACCAGCGUUCAAAAUGGCGUGGCCCGAACCAACUGUAUAGACUGCCUCGACCGAACCAAUGCCGCACAAUUCGUCAUUGGGAAAAGGGCCCUAGGCCAUCAGCUUCACGCACUUGGCAUUCUCGAAGACACUUCCAUAAACUACGAUACAGAUGCCGUCAAUCUCUUUACUCACAUGUAUCACGAUCAUGGUGACACCAUUGCUGUGCAGUAUGGCGGCUCCCAGCUCGUCAAUACCAUGGAGACAUACCGCAAGAUCAAUCAGUGGACGAGUCAUUCUCGCGACAUGAUUGAGAGCUUCAAGAGGUAUUACAACAAUUCUUUCCUAGAUGGACAGCGCCAGGAGGCCUACAACCUCUUCCUCGGCAACUACAUAUUUGCCCAAGGGCAGCCAAUGCUGUGGGACCUCGCGACUGACUACUACCUUCAUCACGCGGACCCGCGUGCCUGGUCCGAGAAGACGAAGCGAAACUACAUCAACUGGUAUACUGCCGAGAACCUGCAGGAAAGGAGUUUCCCGCCCUACUUACCGCCUCCUGGCGAGGAAAAGAAAAAGCCAGUAUCCCAUUUUGAUGAUUACUGGGUUGAAUACUACCGCCCAUCCACGCUCUCGUCAUUUCUGAAAAUGUUUCCCUACAAAAUGAACUCGACCAUCAAGUACAUACCCUUCAAAUCCACGCAAGAUGGACGGUAUGACUUGAGUCCCUUCCGGGUUCGCAACGAGACUGAUAUGGACGCCCAUGAGAAGAAGAAGCCCAAGAAGGAGGUGACAAUCGUCGACCCACAAGACCUGAAGUCCCCUCGGGACAUUGAUGCUGUAUCGGUCAUAUCAGAUCGUACGGCAGGCGGCAAGGGGAUCUCUAUCCACCGCUGGCUUCAGCCAAUGCAGGAUAGAGUGACUGGGCACCACGGAAUCAUGAAAGAGACCCAUGCAGAGCCCCAAGAUCUGUCAAAGAUCAAGCCCACGGCCCAGGAGAAGACGAAAGCGGCUCAGUGGACCUUCACGAAGGCUGUUAGCGAGUCCCUCAAUCCAUCUGUGAGCCAGCAGGAGGCUGAGGACUACGAGCGGUACAUCAGCCAUCCCCAAAGCCUGCCGCUAGUAGUGUCGGCCGAGACGAUCCAGGCAGAAAACCAAUCUGAGUACCAGCACUAUGUCCAGAGUAGUUGGCAGAGUGACGCAAUAACGCCUGUCGGCACCGAGGAGGAUAUCGCUGUAUAUGCGGAGCUGCUCAAGGUUGGCAGCAAUCCUCUUACUGUCACCGAGGAGGAUGCUCAGAAGAAGCGAUACAAGGCCUAUAGGAAAUGGCUUCGAGGCAAGUCAUUCUUCAAGCAGCAGCCACUUGAUUGA